CCCAUUAACUUCCCUUCUGGGAAUGGCUUGCUCAACCUUUGCACAACAUUUCUCCAUUUUACAGACAAAGCAAAAGAAAAUGUAGUGACAGCGGAUGUUAAAUGUGAGAGUGGACACACAGCAGGUGAAGCUACAGGGAUCUACAUAGACAGGUGACCAGCCUAAUUUCACUGGAGCUAGAGGACUCAUAUUUCCACUCAUACAUGGGAUGAUAAUGCUGCCAUCAGUCUUCACUUGUUACUGAACCGAGGAGUCCCAUCACUCAACCUCGCCACCUAGUGGAGCUGUGAAGGUUAACUUCCCUCUUGGUCAACAGAAAUCUUCCACACAAGUACCUCCCUCAUCUGGGGAGAUGCCUGCUCUGCAACAUUUCCCUCAGAUCCCAUUUAUUUUUAACCUGCUGAAAACAAUAUAACUACAACUAGCUUUGCACGUCACCAAACAUUGGUGGAUGAAGGCAUUAAAACAUCCUUUCAACAGUCUGCUGGAUCUUGUAGAAAGAGUGGACUCUUCACUCACAGGUCACAGAAGCUGUUCUUCAUCUGACAUGUGGUUGAUAAUACUCCCAUGAUCCAUGGCUUCACACUAGAGUUAAUGGUGCCCCGAAGCAAGAAACAGGUCUCAUCCAACAAGAAGCAAAUUGAGCCGCACAGGAGAAGUCACUCUCACUCACUCACUCACUCAUUCUCGAAAGAGACUGCACAAACAAGAGCAAAGCCAGAUGGAAAUAUCAUCAAAUGGCACAGUCUCUACAGCUACGCCAACAGCAGCACAAAAUGACACUUUGAGAGACCAGCCAGACAAACAUACCAAUCACAACUGGGAGUUCUUGGUGGCUGUCUUGGUCACUGCCAUCUCUAUCUCCAUUCUCAUUGCCCUUCUGGCUAAAUGCCAGGUGAUUCGACGCUACCUGGCCAGCUACCGGCACACACGGCUGAGGGAGGCAGACACUGUCAGCCAGUGUGACCCGGCGUCAGUGCCUCGAGGCCUAGAGAUGGAGUAUCCCAUGCACGUUGGGCUUCGAUGGGAAACUCACUGUGUCCCUCCUGUGACCGAGGAAGAUGAUGACGGCUUCAUCGAGGACAACUACAUCCCGGCCAGCGAGAGAGCGAGGGCUGAGAGAGCAGCGGAGAACAUGGUGGACACUGAAGAAGAGAUGGAUGAGAUUGAAUUUAGCAUCGCUUAGCAGGAGUGCGUGUACACCUGCUCGACUGAACCACCGAUUCCACUCCCACCUUUUCUUCACUUUCCUGUUUAUUUGAGCGAUAUUCGUAUUGACAGUCACAAAAUUUGCACUUUGUAAACACUGAUUGAGUUUAGGAAAGUACAAAAAUCAGUGCUCAAGAGUCUUGAUUUUAAGGCAGCACAAAAGUGCAUUAUGGCAGUGGUUCUCAACGUGUCGUCUUUGGACCCACAAAGGUCGUCAUAAAAGAGCAUUUCAGCAUAAACUCAGGACAAUGAAUAUAAGUAAAAAUGGUUGUGCCUUAUUUGUCAGUAUACUGACAACAGUAACAGUAAAUGAUAUGUUUUAAGCGAUAAUCAAAGGGAUAAAAUUUUAAAAAAGAAGUGUGAAAAAGAGAUGAAAGGGCCUUCUGUAAAUAUGAACGUUAGGCUUGGGCUGAUAUUUGAUAAUAUCGAAAAUCGACUACCCUGCUGCUGAGUCCAACCCUCAUUUUAAUGCUUUGCUUACUGACAAAUAGAAUUAUGUUUUAUAUAUAAAAAAAAAAAUGAAACAUGAAAUAUUACAAUAUACUUAUAUCAUUAAAAAAUCCCCCCUUCCUUCCAAAAUAACAUUCCCCCCGAAUAUUGCAAUAUUUGGGCGGGACUGUAUCGAGAUGAUACAUUUUGGAGUACAGCCAAGUCUAAUGAACAUUAACCAAUCACCCUUGUAUCUGUUGACAGUUUUUGGCUCAGUUGAUUGGUUGAUUGAUUUGUUGAUUUUGCAGUAGCCUGCAGGUCAUGCAAAAUAUCUCUAUGUUGUAAACAGAUAACUUCAACUGUGCUGAAUGCGAACAGGAACAUUUCACUAGAUAAUAUGAUUCAAGGCCAAUUUAUGCUCUAAUUAAAAAGCCUUUUCAACUGCUCAAAAUCUUUGAACAGCAAUCUGACAAGCAACUAAGCCAUGAGGGGACACUUCAAAGUUUUAACCAUUGUGAUAAGAAAGCUUCAGAUGAAUGAACACAAUGAAUAGGCUAUAGUAAAUUAAUAUAUUCAAACAGGGCUGUUACAGCAUCAGUUUUUAAAACAUGCCAUGGAAAGAUUUUUACAUGUAGGACCACAGAAAGAAGAUAUAACAACUGCUACAUGAGAAUGUGGGAUGGCUACAGUCUACUAAAGGCUGUAGGCCUACUUGUAAUUAGUUACUCUGCACUCUUGGAUGCUAUUUUUAGGAUGUAGGCUGGAAAUGUGCAUGAAAUCAGCACUUCCCUGCUGUAAACUCAGCCUACAGUUUGGUCAGUAAAUUGUAAAUAGUGUGACCUCAAUAAAAAUCUAGUUGCAAAUGA